AUGCAGCCGGGAGCGGGAGCCAUUGUCACCAUGAUCCAGGAAGCGGAAGCGGGGCCGCACCGCGUCAGUGCGCGGAAGGCGCAGCAGGCCCUCCAGGAGCAGUACCGCCUGGGUUCGCUGCUGGGCCACGGCGGCUUCGGCAGCGUCUGGGCGGCCACACGGCUCUCAGACCGUGCCCCGGUGGCCAUCAAAAGGGUGCCACGGAACCGUGUCCGGCAUUGGGGUGAGCUGCCCAACGGCACCAGCGCACCACUGGAGAUCGUGCUGCUGCACAAGGUCUCCACUGGCUUCCCUGGUGUCGUCCAGCUGCUGGAGUGGCUGGAGCUCCCCAAAGACAUCAUUAUCAUCAUGGAGCGCCCGGAGCGUUCUCAGGACCUCCAGCACUUCAUUCGGGCACGGCGGUUCCUGUGCGAGGAGGUGGCGCGGGAGCUGUUCCGCCAGGUGCUGGAGGCCGUGCGGCACUGCACCAGCUGCGGGGUCCUGCACCGCGACCUCAAGCCAGAGAACAUCCUGCUUGACCUGGCCACCGGGCAGGCCAAAUUGAUUGAUUUUGGCUGUGGCACCUACCUACAAGACACAGCCUAUACUCACUUUGCAGGAACACCGUCAUACAGCCCCCCGGAAUGGAACCACUUUGGCUGGUACUAUGGACAGCCAGCUACCGUCUGGUCCCUGGGCAUCCUGCUGCACCAGAUGGUGUGUGGGGAGCACCCUUUCAGGAGGGGCCACAAGAUCAGCUGGGACCAUCAGCUCUCGCUGCCACCACGGCUCUCUCAAGUGAGUUCCCAGUCCAUCACAGUCUCCGUCACACUGUUGCCUUCCUUGAUGGCCUUCACCACAAGGAAGACCAAACCCCAGGUUUAG